AUGUCCCUGAUGCGCACAGAUGCGAUAGCCGGAGCCGGAGCCGGAGCCCCGAUCCUCUUCACUUUCGUGUUUGGCGAGGGGAACCCUUUCACUUUGGACGAAGCUAGGACGUCGCCCAAAAGCAACGCGCAUCGUCUUCGCCCGGGCAAUGUGACAAAUAUGCGGGGGCUAACGGCUAGAGGACGGUGCCGGCCAAAGAAGUUAAUCCGCCAUCGCCAACAACAUCCAGCGCGUCUGGCACCACUUAACGAAACUCGCUGGAAAGGCUCCAAAUCAAGGGAAUUAGGCGAUGGCUACAAGCUCAUCUACCACGGCACAUCAAAUCGCAAUGUCGUUGGCGUCAUAUUGAACGAGACGUUUGGAACAAGCGUCACAGCGGUGGAUCGACUAUCGGAUCGCUUGAUGGCUGUAAAAGUAGAUACAGGAGAAGUGGAAUUGCGAGUCGUCUCUGCUUAUGCGCCACAGGCUGGGGCGGGCUGUAGUGAAGAAGAGAAGGCGUGCUUUUGGGAAGAUCUGGAGCAGUACGUCCAAUCCCUGGAAGGCGAAGAAGUAUUUCUAAUCGGAGGAGACUUCAACAGACACGUCGGUUCUCGGGAAGACGCUCGACUACGUUCUGACAAGGAACAUCCAAAGGAAAGUCGAAUAUCCAAAAAUCCAGAGCUGUUUGGGACGUUGCUUUCGACCCUGGCCGCCAUCCAGUUCUUCUCAGCAUUAAGAUACGGUCCCACAAGAGGAACCGAGGAGACGCUGCAAGGGAAACGCUCCGGGGAUUACAACCAGGAAAAGCGUCUUAGAGGGAAGCUGCAUCGUCAACUGCAACAAGACCGCGAUAGUGAACGUCGAGAGCGAAGGAGUUUGAAAAGGCUCCUCAACACUGCCGGUGGGAAGGCUGUCGGUGAAACAACUCUUCCAAUUUGGAGGGAUCACUUCAAGACCUUGCUGAACCGGCAAGCGCUGUCAGCUCGUAAACUCGAGCGCGUUCAUAGGCCGACAUAUGCGGUUAACGAGGAACCACCGUCCGAGUUGGAGAUUCUGGUCUGA